AUGAAAACAUUUUUGACAACCAAGCUGUUGAGAGCGCGGCACCGAGAAGACGGCGACGAUGAACCAGGAGACGGAGUCGGGGACUUUUUCUAUUGCUUGCGGGGAAACAAUUGGGAGCCGGGUUUUUCUCAACGGGCGGGGAAAAAGGCAGCGGAGGAGACAUCGUCGUCUCCCUCUGCUCCUCCCCAUUCCGCGUAUACACCCGCCAAAAGGCGUGCACUGGCAGGGGAUGGGGGUCCGGUCGGUUUCGAGCAUUGCAUCAGGGACUCUUGA